AAAGUCCCUCCUUGCUCUGUACUCGCCGCUGAAAAUCUCUCUGAAGUCUAACAGCUUGCAUACCGACUCGCGACUGCACACGUAACUCGUCCGCACUAAAUUUACUCUCUGAAACUACUGCCGCUGGAUUUCACAAAAUCGGUCUUUGACCUAAGCUCGCUGCAGCCAUGCCUGAUGCACGUCUGGUAGACUCGAAAGCUAGCUUCGCCUCUUUCUCUCACAUACUGGAUGCUCGUUUGUUGCGAGCACUCGCGGACAUGGGGUUCUCGCGGCCAACUAUUGUGCAAACGAAGGCAAUCCCGAUUGCGUUUGAAAAUCGCGACAUUCUCGCGAGAGCACGUACGGGAAGUGGAAAGACUGCCGCAUACUGCAUUCCGGCCGUGCAAAAAAUCUUGAACGCUAAAGCUAAUAUUCCUGCCGAGGAUGCUUCUAGACAAGCCACACGAGCUCUUAUCCUUGUACCCACUCGUGAGCUCGCCGAGCAAGUUUCGACUCAACUCCGCGGACUUCUGGCCUAUUGCGACAAGGAGGUUAUCGUGGCCAACAUAUCUGCGGGAACAUCAAAUCAAUUACAGAGAACGUUGUUGUCGGACCGACCAGAUAUUGUCAUCGCAACACCUUCACGCGCCCUGGCGCUGUUGCAAUCGAAGACUCUAUCGCUCGAGUCUCUGGACACACUUGUGAUUGACGAGGCGGACUUGAUUUUAUCGUAUGGGCACGAUGAGGACGUGAGACAGAUCUUCAACGGAGGGUAUCUGCCUAAGGUCUUCCAGUCCUUCUUAAUGAGUGCGACCAUGACGGAGGACGUCGAAGCUCUCAAGGGUCUCGCUCUACGAAAUCCUGCUAUUCUAAGACUGGAAGAAGACGAGGAUGAAGCAGCAAAUUUGACACAAUACUCUGUCCGGUGUUCAGAGGUCGACAAGUUCCUGCUGACCUACGUCAUCCUCAAGUUGAAGCUCAUCAAGGGAAAAUGUAUCCUCUUCGUGAACGACGUCGAUCGGUGUUAUCGCUUGAAGCUCUUCCUGGAGCAGUUCUCGAUCAAGAGCUGUGUCCUGAACUCGGAGCUGCCGCUCAACUCCCGGUACCAUACCGUACAGGAAUUCAACAAGGGCGUCUAUGACUAUAUAAUAGCCUCUGACGAGAGCACUGGCCGUAUGGAGCACGAUUCUGAGGAUGUGCAAGAGGAAGAGGAAGAGCAGAACGAAGAUGCAGGAAAAAAUGAUGACGAUGAAGAGUGUACGUUCGCAAGAGCAGAGUGGUACCUUGACGCAGACGAGCCGUCCGCGUCCCGCUCCUCGACGAAGCGCAAGCGACCAGUCGAAUCGCCGGAAACAAAGAAGUCCUCAAAAUCGAACAAGCGAAAGCAUCGCCGAAAAACCGACGCCGAGUACGGCGUGUCGCGCGGUGUGGACUUCAUCGACGUGUCCUGCGUCAUCAACUUCGACCUUCCUUCCUCAGCACGUGCGUACACGCAUCGCGUAGGCCGCACGGCCCGUGCAGGGCGGACAGGCAUGGCGCUCUCCUUCGUCGUGCCGCGCGAUCAGUGGGGCAAGAACAAGGUGGUCGGGGGUCUGCAGAGUGCCAAGGAGGAUGAGAAGGUGUUUGAGCGGAUUGAGCGCGAGCAGGCGGCGCGUGGUAGCCAGAUCAAAGAGUACAAAUUCGAUAUGAAGCAGGUGGAGGCGUUCAGGUAUCGCAUGGAGGAUGCGCUCCGGGCUGUCACGAGGAGCGCCAUCAAGGAGGCCAGGAUCAAGGAGCUGAAGGCGGAGAUACUCAAUUCGGACAAGCUCAAGGCACAUUUCGAAGACAAUCCGAACGAUCUCGAAUAUCUCCGGCACGACAAGUCACUGCACCCAACCCGUGUCCAACCACAUAUGAAGCAUGUGCCAAAAUAUCUGCUGCCGCGCAUUGCACCUGUUCCAGGCUCAGAACAGGUUGUCGAAGCGCAGACAGGCAACGCGAACGGAGACGUCGGCUUUGUUCCGUUCGUCAAAAAUAGUGGCCGCGGUCGCGGACGUGGCAGAGGCAGAGGCAGAGGGGGGCGAGGCGGAAGUGCUGGAAGGGGCAGGAAAAAGUCGGACCCGCUGAAGAAAUUCGGUCGAUGACGUUCAUUCACAUUCUGGGCAUCCAUGCAUAUCCUUCGGAGAGUGCAGCCAUCACAGCAGGAAUCGCAUUAUCGAAUUAGUCAUAGCUGAAGAAAGUCCGGUCUUCCUAGGCAAGAUAUCGCGUGUCCAAGCAUCUAGUUAACUCUACAUACUGCAUAUCAGAAUAUAGAUGCACCAGCCUAGUCCUUGUU